UGAUCUAUUCACAUAUAUUGACCUAGUCAUUGUAACCAUUGUAAUGAAGUGUCGAUGCCUAUUUGACCAUGGAUUGACUCAUUUUUUAAAGGGUGUGCGGCUUAGAUGUCUUAUUCCCCCGACCGAUGUGAAACGCUCAUAAUAUUUGUUCGCUGAAAUUUACCACGAUUAUCUCUCUUCCUCGUUCUUUCUCAUUCUUUACGUCGACCGAGCAAUGCCUAUAUUAUGUUUCUAUAUUGGCCAACUGUAUCAUAUGGGCUUCUGCGCACAAAUCGAAUGCGGUCAGCCAUCGACCAACAAUAAGUCGAUGAUUAUGAUAGCUACAGAUUGUUGGGAGAGCCUGUUAUCUUAGUACCUCACCCUCGAUCGGUGUAGUGCUGCCGUAGCAGCAGCAGUUUCGUCAAUAAUAUUAAUUGUGGAAGUGUCAGGUUUUUGUGCGGCGUUGCCUAGUAAUUGUUUCAUUGGCGCCUCGAUGGCAUACACUUGAUGCCGUAAUUGCUGUGAAUUUCCUGAGCACAGGUUACUGCCACCUUCCGUCUUCAGGUCUUGUUGUGAUACAGGCGUUCUUGCCUUCCAGGAUGCCGAUUGGCCGCCGGGGAAGUUUUACUGGAAGCUCAAAGGACGUUCAGGGAUCGGGUCAAGGAAGUAAUGCCGUGCUGUCUGGGACGACUGGUGCACUUACAGGGAACUCCGACUGGACUAUGGGUUGCCACCCAUUCAGCCAUGAAGUCUACCUACCAAUGGGCAUCCAUCUGGCCAACACGAAAAUGGAUCAGUACUUACACUCACUUGGAUUGUUCCGGUAUCAUCUGCCAGUCGAUGGCUCCUGUCUAUUCCGGGCCGUAUCUGAGGUCUUGUACGGAUCGCAGAACAAACACGCCGCGAUUCGCCGGCUCGUGUGUGACUUUAUUCUCGAGAAUCGACCGCUGGUUCCGCGUCAGCUCGAUCCUCAACAAUCGCAUGAAGACUAUGUCCGUCGCCUACGAGAAAACAGUUUUCCCGGAAAUAACAACGAAAUGCACGUCCUUGCCCAGUUGUUUCGUAUCGAUUUUGUUGUGUAUUACCGCGCCGAUCGAGGCCCCACCAACGUCACGCAGGGCGGAUACCCCCUCAAGGUAACGUUAUGCUGGUCGCACGGAAAACAGUACGACCUAGUCUAUACGAAAGAGCACCUCGAGGCACUUACAGUGUCUCAGGCUAUCGUUUAUGACGUGCUGUACAAAGACGUGUUUGAGCUGGGCGGUAAAGAAGUCGAUUUUGCCGUGACCAAGAUGCUCUACGACAAAGAGCACUUCAAAAACAAGCGCCACCUUACUUUUUCGCAAUGGUGCAAUUCGGUGGCAGAGGGCGAAGAGCGCAACGUAUCAAAGCUCCCGGAGAAAAAUGGCGAACAGAUUGUCUUAGCGGUUCGCUGUGGUGUCCCCCCAUUUCCAUUUAAGGUAGCGAAAUGUCUUGAUCCUAACCUAUUCCGCAAUGUCGACUACCUGAAUUGGUGUGAGGAGAAACGCGACGAGUUCAGAACUGGCCAUCUGGUAACACCUGCUUUGGACACGGGGGUAAAAUGUACAGCGCGCAUCGGUAUGAAGGAGCAUACUGGGUUUGUGCAGUCGAUUGAUACAAAGGGGAAUACCGCACAGGUGUUUUUACAAUCGAUUGGCGAAAUUCGCACUCUACCGUUAUCGAGUAUCGAGAGUUUGCCUGUGAGCCUUCGAGUCACGCUGGCUUCGCAUCAUGCGUUACGGAACAAUGCCGUGGAAGACGAUGAGCACUGUCGCACCUAUCGAGUGGCGGUCUCAUCAGGGAAAUCACAGGCGCGAAAUCGCCGGAGCUUCAGCACCGGUGACGCGGUGACAGCCGACCAACUUGAGGUACUGCUUCGAAAACAACAACACAGCGUCCAUAAACGAGCUCAUGGUGGGACUAGCAAAGAUAGUUCUGAAAACAGCCCUAGCAAACUCGGGGGAAUACCAGAAGCAGCGCACGACCGCGAUAGCUUAGGCUCGCAUUCGGUGUCCACUCAGGAGGGAUCUCGGUCACAAGGUGGCCAAAAUAUGAAGAUGUCAGAACACGACGAUGUUAUGAGCACGCACGAGGAUGCGGAGAAUGUCGCCAGACAUACACGUGGUCGACCCAGAAAAUUUUCCUUGCCUGCUGUUAAGACCAACUACGGUCCACCAUCAUCACCUGUUGCUAGCUGCUACACCCCAACGAUCAUGAACGCGUGCGGUCCCGUUCUCGUCAAUGGGCAUCCAGGCACUUACGGCGCCAUCGAUGCUGUGAGCGGACUGGCUGGCAUUAGCGAGUCUGGGGUGACCGUUGUGCCCCAGCUAAGCGCGCGCCCAGCACAAACGAUCAUUUUCGAUCCAAACUAUAGUUACGCAACUGCCGACAUACAGCGGGUUCCUGAUAGUACAAUCUACGCAACGGCGCCUGGAACAACAGCACACGGUGGAUGUGGUUUUCAGCAUCCGCCUAUGGGUAUAGGUGAAUACCCGAUCGUCCCAAUGAAUCCCGUUCCCGUAGUGCCGAUUGCCCAGUUUAACCCAUCCGUGCCGCCACCGAAUUACCGCACUAUUCCGGCUUUACACUCCCUCGUAGCACCAGCAUCAGCUGCAACAACAGAUUGGACAUUGGAUUAUCCUAUGGAGUCCGUUGAACCUGGUUUUUCGUUUCGAGCCCCUCCUCAAGAGAUGAACAUGAGCCUCAUCGAUAUGAGCCAUUUCCUCGAUGGAUCAGAUCUACCACUCCACAGACUCGACAUUGUUAGAUACUUCUUCAACUUGGGCCUAUCCGUUUAUCGAUCUCGUAAGCUACCUGAAGGCACACCAGCGGACUCGUUGCCGGCUCCAGUGGCAUGUACGCAGGCCGCUCCUACAGGGACAUACAUCGUACCGUUGACUUCGUCGGCAGGAUAUCAGAUGGUUCCUCCGCAGGGAACUGUGGUCUAUCAACAGGCUCCUCCUGCAAGUUAUCCAACUACGGCGGGUCCAACUUAUGCUAGCUAUUCGGUUUUGCCACAGGCUGCGAGCUACACCGAAAUAUCGCCUUCAACGAUUACAACAGCUGGACCAACGUCGUAUGCUGCCUCGGUGCCGGCGGCUGCUCCGGUCCAAGCCCAAAUGACGGCCGUUAAAUAGCCCAAGAUAAUUGUCGCCUACUUGCGGUCUAUAGCCGCUGGGCCAGUAUCGUGAGCGUGUGGAGUGUGGGAUAUGCUGUUAGUGUCUCAAAUGGCGUUAAUUUUACACUUUUUUACAGUAACAGCACAAAAAGAAGCCUGCAAUCCGAGGUGGCACAUUACAGCGGUGUAAGGGUCCUUGCCCCUAACUGGGAUGAGGUUUGUCUUCCUAGUCAGAAGACCAACAGAGAAAAACAAAUGAAUAUGCAACACAU